CACAUGACCGACCUUCAUCACAAUGGGGAGAAGUUAUUAUGUUGAUGAAACGGUUCAAAGGUAUUUCACGAAAAUCCUUCAACAGAAGAAGAAGAACAACGUUGUCACCGGACUUCUCAUAGGACAUUGCUCGCUGCAAAGGGAUUACAUUGUUCUGGCUGUGCAGACCCCGCCAAAGGAAGAUCAGUGCCAAGGACCCGAGAGGAAGAUCGGCUCAUCCAGGCUGGAGGAGAUCGACGAGGAAUGGUUCUGUAUCCACGCCAGUCAGGUGAGCCGGAUGCUCCCGGGCGGGUUCCUGCUGGUUGGGGCGUUUCUGAUUUCACCUCCAGAAGUUUCCAAGGAAUCUCUGAAUGUUUUAAGGAAGCUCAUCUUUGCCACAGAGAAGUCUGCAAUGAAGAACAAGUUGUGGAAUCUGACGGACGAGGAUGUCACGGACCGCGUAGCAUUGCAAAUCUGUUCGUCUACAAACAAGGUUGUAUGCCGGACGUUCGAUGUUAAAGACCCCAAGAGUACGGCUAAACCGGCUGAUUGGAAGUACCAGAGCUCCCCGGUGUCCUGGCUCACCAUAGAAUGUAACCUUCAUGUAGAUCUCACGGUGUCAUUCCCGUCAUCUUCAUCUUACCCGGAGCAGCAGAAAUGUCUGCGGACUAGACUGGCACAAUGGGCGAAGGACAUAGAAGACUGCACAAUACUCUUUAAUGGGCGGCUGAAAGACACGGAGAGUGAUCUGCUGGAGGAGCAGAAGAAAGGACGCUCUGUGGCAAGUUCCGGCCGUCAGAUUGUUUCCGCCACAAUUCUCUCCCCCUCGAACAUUUCGGAUCGUCGCACGGCUCGGGUUCGGGUUUGCAAUUCUUCUUUGCACAUUGGGGGAGUUGUGAAGUGCCGAGGAUACAUCAGCAACAACAAGCCGAAAGUAAAGGACGCCGUUCAGCAAAAAACCCUCCCAGAAGCUGAGAAGUCGCAGCGUCCGCUUCCCCUCCCCCAGCGCGUGUUCGUUCCCAUUCCCGGCUCCGGCGCGGCGCUGUGCGAUUACGUCAUGGGAGAGGAGACCGGAGAGGAGGUGCGGAGCCGCCUCCUGGAGAUGUUGGACCAGGACGUGAAUUACGACGACUUGGAGUUUGCGGAGGAGAAGACGACGAUCGCCAGUUCCGGUAUGUGA